CGAUGAAGUGACUCCCGAAAAAAAAUGUAAUUUAGAAAAUAUUGCUUGAUGAUUAUACCUAGUUGUCCUGUUCAACAAUUAAGUAUCGGAGAAAAUCUUUACAAUGCAAUUACUUGGAUGACAUUCAGUUUGGCAGGAAUGGUGACCAUGGCAACCAAUAUUGACUCUGUAAUCAAUUUGAAUGAUGGAACUACAAUGCCCCUAUUUGGUUUGGGAACAGCAUGGACAAAUGAGUGUUCACAGGCAGUGUCAUAUGCCAUUGAACAGGGAUACAGAAUGAUUGAUACUGCUCAGAGAUAUGGGAAUGAGGAAGAUGUAGGUAAAGGCAUAGCUAUGAGUGGUAAAGAUAGAAAAGAUCUAUUUAUAGUAACAAAGCAAUGGCAGAAUGGACAUGAUGCAUGUAUUCAAGGUUUACAGAGGAGUUUAGUUCGAUUAGAUACAGAUUAUAUAGACCUGUUUCUGAUUCAUGGACCAAGAGAGGGGAGAAAUGUAGAGACUUACAAAGCCAUGUUGGAACUAAAGAAACAAGGUUUGGUCAGGUCAGUUGGGGUUUCCAAUUUCAACAUUCACCACUUAGAAGGUCUAAGAAAUGCAGGAUUACCAACCCCAUCGGUUAAUCAGAUUGAACUCCAUCCAUGGCUUCAGCCAAGGGAGAUAAUUGAUUAUUGUAAAAAGUAUGACAUAACUGUCAUGGGUUAUUCCCCUUUGGUGAAAAGCAAAAUGUUAAAAAAUCAACAAAUCUGUGAUCUUGCUACAAGGUACAAUAAGACAACUGCACAGAUUUUAAUUCGAUGGAGUGUGCAGCACGGAUAUAUUACCAUACCAAAGUCUUCUAAACCAAACAGAAUAAAAGAUAAUAUGCAAGUUUUUGAUUGGACGUUAAGUGAAGAUGACAUGGAUUAUCUUGAUCAAAAUAACGUUGAAGAGAUAAGGUGUGCCUGGGAUGCUAUCAACUCAGAAUGGCAUGGAUGAAAAUCAUUCAGAAAGAAUUAUGCAUGAUCUGUUUUCAACACAAUUGUCCUACAUAGUGAACAGUGAUAUCAACAGUGAACAUUUUCAAAAACUGACGCAAUAAAAGAGUUUGACUGGACCAAAGACCAACACAGAUAAUAUUUUUAGCUACUCUUUGAUGUAUUUUGCCAAUGAUUUUUGAACUGUAAAAUUGAAUGGGUUUU